AUGGGCUCCGAAGCCGAAAAGUGUCUAAGUGUGAUAAAGCGCUUCUUACGAUGUCCAGUCUGUUUGGAUGAUUUUCGAAACCCACUGUACACUCCAUGCACUCAUGUGUUUUGCAAGUUUUGCAUCUAUGAGCACCUCGGAGGUAAAAAACAAGCCAAGUGCCCUUUGUGCAACCGCGAAUUUACGCGUCGAUCUUUGAAAACAUCGAUCAAGUUCACUAACAUUGCUAAGGCCUGCGAAGAUAUCAUCAAAAGCUAUGAGAAAGAAAAAGGAACACCUGUGUUGCCGAGCAAUAUUCCUAGCGAGCAUCUCCACCUCAGCCAAGAAAUGACCCAGUGCGUUGUUGUAAUGGGAUCUGAUCUCAUCGCGCCUUCGGAUCGUUCUCCCCCUGCACCAAAACUCAAAACUAAAAAUCGACCACCACUCGUCCCUGCCUCAAAAGACGAGUCAGUUCCCCGCUCUUCUCGAUCUCGCAUCUUACUUGGCACAUCGGCACGCAAAAGAAAAAAGUCACAGCAAAGUCCGACCAAAGCCAUCAGUACUUCGACAUUAGAUGACAAUCUUUCAACAGAACCGAUGGUGUGCACAAAACCAAAGCUUGAUUACUCAUGUGGCGUCACACUCAAUUUGAUGAACAAAGAUCCCCUUGAUCUGGAUGAUUUGUUUACCUCUACACAACUAACACAACCAAUGAAUGACAGUUCUGAUAAACUGACUGUUGUUGUAGACGGUGACAGUGCAGCCCGAAUGCAACCGCCACGCACUCGUGCGCCUCGGGCAAGCAUUCGUCUUCAGGGCGGAAGUGCCGUCUGUGCUGCCAGUGGUGUCUCAUCUUUGCCUCCCUUGCCACCGGCCGCAUUGGGGCACCCAAUUAAAUCACAGCGCAUACGUUCUCACAAGCGAGUGACCGAUUCCACUUUGUCUGAUAUGCCUCCGAAAAUAUCUAGGGAGGAUACGGAUGCUGUGAGCACUAUUUCGGAUCAUGGAUUGCUGAAAAAGACUCACGAAGUUCUCUGUCGUGUACAGCCUUCUAGGGAGGGAAACGAUGGAGGCCACGUGUCGGACAAUCGUGUAACUGCUCGUAGACUUAGCUCGGUCAAAACCGAGACACAAAUUAGCCAGCUGAAACGUCGCCCCAGUACAUCGUAUUCCAUUAGGUCUUGGCCGUCUAAACGCCAAAGAACCCCUUGUUCUGUUGACACACGCAACAGGUUACUUCAGAAGUAUCGAGUCACCAGACCUUCGUUGUUGUCGUCCAAUCCACUAUUACGACAUCAUUCUUUGAAGAGUCCCGGUUGGUCUCGUUGGCGUGCGAUGUGCCGUGAAUUCCGGCGCCGAAGUUCCCUUAGAUUGUCGUUUCGUCGUAAAUCUGCUUCUGUAGUGCAUUUUUCCACACCUGAGAAUAUUAAAUUGUGUUCCAGUGAUCGAAUCACUUGCAAGUCCGCAACACGAAGUGGCGCAAAUGAAACACUACGUGCAAGAAUUCCAAGGUGCACUAUUGAUAAUUCUAAGCAUACCUUUCCCAUUCCUGAUGAAGAAUCUCACCGAACUGGUUCAGUUUCUGAACAUUUUUUGAUAGCCACUUCGCAUUUUCGAGAACGAUCGAAGCCGUGCAGAUUUAUGCUACCUCUGAGUCGUUUGAUCUCACGUAGUCGCUCUCGCUCGUCGAUCCCACUCUGUAUGGAGCCGCUCGUGAGGUCUACUAACUCGGACCCAAUGGGGGAUACAGGCCGCCAACUCUCGGUUUCAAACGGCCCUUCUGAACCUACUAUCACACAUAGUCCCUGUCAGAUAGAACAGAUUGUUGGCAAUAAUGACGCAACCUUUCAUAUUGAGGACUUAUUUCGCAUCCAGCAUGUUCAUUGUGGCGCUUGUGGAGAAAUGCUUGUUUUCGAUCCUGAUUAUCUUUCAUUUACAUCGAACUCACAUCUGAAUGCAGCCGGUUCCACAGAGUUAGCGAUUUCCCGACCAUCUCAUCCAUUGUCUUCAACGUACUGGCAUGCGGAAGACCCUGGAGAUACCAUUUUACUGGAUGCAAGCUUAGAUCGUUUGGUACGCGCCAACCGCUCUUCUGCAUUUCCAGAUUUCCCGAAAAAAUUGGUGGAUGCCAGUUGUCAAACGUCCUUGAACACAUGUACACAUUCGACUGCAGUUGAUGGUCCUGUUUCCACUACCUAUUCGGCUGCGCCUCCUGUUACUGAGGUCCCCGAUGGCUUAGCAUCCCGGCUAUCUCCCAUUGCCGCUGCUGUUCCUUCUACUGUCGGGCCCGUGCGGUCGCACACUGAUCCAGUAGCCUCGACUGCCAACCCUAUACAGCUCUCGUUAAGUUCUCCGGUGGCUUCAACUAUGUUAUCAUCCGCCUAUCAAACAAGUGGCAGUGAACUUAUGCCUACUGUGGAUCGGGAACGCCUAAGAAACGAAUGCAAUGAGCUAGAAGCCGUCGUUGCCGCAUUACAGCAACAGUUAGAGGCGGAAGCUGGUCAGUUGAGUCCCAACACAACCGCCGAGUUGUUAAGAGCUGCCGGCACGGAACCAAUAGAUGACGAAGAACUGGCAGUUCAUCAUUCUAUUCUGGUCUGUUGUGAUGUGGAGAAUCACAAUUCCCCUGCUUCUGGUGUAGCUGACAAAGAUGCAUCCUUAUCAGAAUCAGUUCAAGACCGUCUUUCAACUCAGGCGCCUGCUGAUAUCAUUGCCCCACACCAUUCAGCACAGGAGGAACUCACUCCCCCUCCUCAGACUGUGGAGACUUGCACUCCAGACGCAGUGGAUGUCAUCCCCUCUUCUCAGGUGGAAGAUGAACAGGAUCCAGCUGCUCCUUUACCCACUGCACCUGAUGGAUCUCAGCAUUCCCUUGAAAAUCACGCCAUUUACAGCCAGAGCGACAACCAGAUCCACGUUCGCCGUGUGGAAGCAAGCCAGCCGCCAAGUUCACUGAGUAUGGUGCCUGGAGAGGACUUCAUCCCUGCUUCCGUUGACUCUCAGCCACUGUUACAGAUGUCCAGGCUGCCGAAACCGUCUGGAACAUUGACAACCGAGCUCACUCAAUGCCCGGAGAGUUACCUGGACUCGCAGAUGACCUGCCCGAAUAAUAUCUCCGCCACUUUGGAGCGAAUUCGUGUCCAUUCAUCUGUCGUCGCAGUGACCGGUUCAAACCUGAAUGGAAAUGAUGUCGCAAUGUUGCGUUCCUUCUGCCGUCGUUUUGGAGUCUCGGAACAUUCACGGUUCGUUCCACAGCAAACAACUCAUGUGGUCAUGAAGGCGGAACCAGAUCGCCCGCGCGUGGUGAAACGCACUUUGAAGUAUUUCAUGGGGAUCCUCGGUCGCGCCUGGAUCGUCAACACCGAUUGGAUUCGCGACUGUCUGGCAGCAGACCGCGUUCUUAACGAGGCGCCAUACGAAAUUGAGGGUGAUACCGUUUGCGGUGAUUGCCACGAGGGUCCCCGCCGUGGGCGUCUUAAUGUGCCAGCUCAACCUCAGUCGAGUCACAGGAACACAACUUCCGACACCACUAACUGUGGUCCCUUCUCUGGCCUCUGGUUCUGUGCAUUCGGCAGCCUGGGUCUGUUAUCUCUGUCCGAAUUCAUGAAUUUAGCUGCCGAUGGUGGAGCAGCCCGUGUGUUCGAGGAUCCCGCCGAAUUGUCGGCCUCAGUGGAUAAUUAUUUGAAACAUGAGGCAGUUGGUGGCCAACGGCCGCGUGCCGUCCUUCUCACGAAUCACUCGCCCCCGGAUUUUGAUUUACGUAAAUGUCAAGAAGUGUACCGCAAAUACGGCUUCCCAAUCAUCAGCGUCGAUUGGAUGUUAAAUUGUAUCUCACUGUAUCGCCGGAUUCCAAUAAACGAAGGAUACCGGAUUUGCCCCUCCUCAAAAACAUCGACGAUGUCAUCUUCUUCCUGA